AUGGCCUCUACUAUACCAUCUACCACUGCUGCUGCUGCUGCUGCUACUGCGAACCAUGAAGACCCCAUUGAGUCUGCCCGGUCGACGCCCUCGCAGGCUGCUUCAGCUACCCGGCCACUGAUGAAGAGCGCCGAUGCUUCUGUCCGGCCGGUCGAAGCCAGCGAUGGCAGCGAUGGCGAUGGUGAAGCCGACGCAGACAGCAAGAAGGGCUACUUUGCCUACUUCCGCACCAAGCAGUUCUACCUCGUCCUGCUCCUGGGGCAAAUACUCGCGCUGUGCAUCACGGCCACCAACACCUUCUCGGCCCUGCUCUCGACCGCAGGCACCUCUAUCCCGGCCUUCCAGACGCUCUUCAACUACGUCCUGCUCAACCUCGUCUACACCUCCUACACCCUCUACCGCUACGGCCCGCGCAGGUGGUGGUCCCAGCUGGUCUGCCGCGACUGGUGGAAGUACAUCAUCUUCGCCUUCUGCGACGUCCAGGGCAACUACUUUAUUGUCCUUGCAUACCGCUACACCACCAUCCUCAGCGCCCAGCUCAUCAACUUCUGGGCCAUCGUCAUGGUCGUCCUGAUCAGCUUCACCCUACUGCGCGUCCGCUACCACUGGGCCCAGUACGCCGGCAUCCUCAUCUGCAUCGGCGGCAUGGGCGUGCUGUUCGGCUCAGACCACAUCACGGGCGCCAACAGCGGCGGACCACAGAAGUCGCGUGGCGACCUGAUCAAGGGAGACCUCUUUGCACUGCUCGGAGCUACCUUCUACGGCCUCACCAACGUCGCGGAGGAGUACCUCGUCAGCAAGCGGCCCAUGUACGAAGUGCUCGGACAGCUGGGCCUGUACGCCACCGUCAUCAUGGGCGUGCAGGCCGCCAUCUUCGACCGCGCCUCGUUCCAGCACGCCGUCUGGGACGGGGCCGUGGCGGGCUACUUUGUCGGAUACACCCUCUGUCUCUUCCUCUUCUACAGCCUGGCCCCGUUGCUCUUCCGUCUCGCCAGCGCCGCCUUCUUCAACAUCUCCCUCCUCACCAGUAACUUCUGGGGCGUCGUGAUCGGAGUCAAGGUCUUUGGCCUGCGCAUCCACUUCCUCUACCCCAUCGCCUUUGUGCUCAUCAUCAUCGGCCAGUUUGUCUACUAUCUCGGACGGCAGGUGCUCGGUGAAGCCAUGAAGCCGUGGCUCGGUGAGAACCAGGAACGGGGGGUCAUCGGCAUAGGCACCGCCAGGAGGGCCAACAAUACUCCUGCCAACAAUACUUCUGCCAGUGAUACUCCUGCUGAUGCUAAUGUCUAA